AUGUUCGCCGAUAUUGACGCCGCUCUAGCGCUGCUGGAGCUGCACAACAGCCCCCGUCAAGCCGCAAAUCAGAGGAACGUUCAGAAUCUUAAACUGACAUUCGAUCAAGGAACGCAGACCGAUCCUGUUCUCGAUUAUCCUUCAAUUGUCAAUUUAGAAGAACUGGAAACGGCAUUAAAACACUUGUACCAGCAGGUCCUAGCCGUAUUAUAUAAUUCCGAAAAAAAUGAAAGUCGAUCAAUAAUGGAUAGGACAUCUGAAGAUCAAGGACUAGAUGAGAAUGAAGAGAUUUUAGCAGUAGAAGAACCGACCAUUGUUCUUCAAAAUACGUCAAGUGUUGAGCUCGAAAUGGAUGAGAUGGCUGGUGGCUUAAAAAUACGUAGAGUAUCAGCGCAGACUACUAACGCAUGUUUGCCAUUGUCGGUUAACAAUGUUGAUAUGGUUUCAAUUGGAAACGGCAAUGUCACCGUGCCUGCCAGACUAAUGGCAGAAAUCGAUUGGACUUCCCACACUUUAGCGACGAGACGAACAUUUACAAUUAUGUCAAUAAGUUACGAUUAAAAGUGGUAUAUUAGCUUUGGGUUACCUUCCCCUGAAUAUAACGUAUUCCCUUUUGUCAGUUAAUAGAAUUUCAAAAAUAGGAAAGAAGCAAUGCAAUGCUGAAUGAUAGAACAUUCAA